CCUUCGUCGCCCUUCGUCGCCCUUCGUCGCCCUUCGCCGCCCUUCGUCGCCCUCAUCGGUACUCGUCCUCCUUCGAAAGCGUCAAAGCCAAGUCUCGUUGCCAAUCAAUCCGCUGCAACUCUUCAACUUUACCAGUCCUCGUUUGUUUCGCCACGCCCCAGCCCUGAGCCAUCCAUCAUCGCAACUCUGCCAACUGUCCACCUCCGUCCAUGGCCCAUCCGCAGCGCUUUGCCUCGUAUGCUGAUCCCGGCUCCUUUGCGGAUGACGAUGCCGACACCAACGGCAUCGACAUUCCCGACGACAUGCUCAGCAUGCUCCACCGGCAGGCAGCACCUUCCGAACGAACAGCUUCGUCCCUCGGCCAUGCCGCCGCUCUGAGUCGCAACCAGUCCGCCAACGUCUUUGAGCAGCGACGAGACCGCCAGUUCACCCCCCAGCCCAACGUCUCGCCCAGCUCCGAGUUCGCCGUCGAUUACAACUCCAGGGGCAAAGCCUCGGGUCUCAGGGUCGCUGCUGCCGAAUCCGACCGGGGCCGCAGCACUCCCUUGAUCCUCGAGUCCGAUCCGGACUCUGCCAACUCCACCGGCCAGGAACAUGCCCCCGACGACAUCCCCAGUGACCUGAUGUCGCUGCUGCAUUCCAACAACCAGGUCUAUUCGGCCCUCGGCGGCUCGAGUCCAUCCGCCCCUCCUGCCGAUCGCCCCAAAUUCCCUGCCUCGCUGGCCCCCGCGCGGCCUGACACCGCAUCCAUCCACUCGAGCUCAUCCAACUCGCGAGCCGCCGGUUAUCCCACAGAUCAACACGUCCGCUCCCAGCCUGUCUCAUACGGAACCAAUGCCGAUGAUGAUGACUCGAUCGAUGUCCCCAUCGAUCUGCUGGCCUCGAACGCCUCAACCCACUCCCAGUUCUUGCCUGCCAGAACUGAGAGCAUUCUCGACUCGCGCUCCACACGACCUUCGGCAGCCACCAAACUUACUCCCGCCAACUGGAAGGCUGCCCAAUUGAACGACUCGAGUCCGGACCGCACCCACUCCUUCCCACCCGAGCUCCCUGCUCUUGGCGAUCAGCUCCCGCCUCCCAGGUCCGAUAGCAUCGGCACCCGCCAGCCCGUGCCUCUCUCCGACGACCUGUGGCGAGCCAGGAGCGAAAGCCUUCCUGGUCGGCCCCAGGACUUGGCGGCCGCGCAAGCGCUUCUGGCCGAGAGCUCCUAUCGUGCCUCGGUCCCGUUCGAUCCCAGCGCCAACCCCCGCACCGACAGCAUCCUGUCGGCCCCGCGCUCCGACCCGGCCGAGUCCUAUCGCCUCAGUCGCCAGGAGAGCUGCCAGCUCUCUCCCAAACUCGAGCCCAAAGAUGGGUAUCCCAGCCCUGUCUUGAAAAUGCCGCUGCCCAAACCCCCCAGCGAGCCCUCGCCAUUGGAUGAGCUGCCCCUCGAGUAUGUCGACGGUGGCAUCGAUGUUCCCGAAAUCUUCUUGGCCAGCUCGGUCCACGCCAUCAAGGAAGCCAUGCCUCGCACCCUGUCGAUUGCACAAAAGGACCCUCGCCCGUCGUCUCCCAUGUCCCGCGUCCUUGGUCCUGCCAGCGGCUCGAGAGUGUCCCUGCCAUUCCCUCCCCAGUCUGCCGGCUCCGAGUACGAUGGCUCGCCCUCCAUGCCCUCGGGCGAUUUCAAACUCAAGAAACUCAAAUCACACUCUUCUAUGAACUUGCCUCCGCCAAGUGCGCCCCUGCCUCCUCCUCCGUCUGUUGAGGAGCCCCUCGUCCCAUCGGUUCCGCAGGAAAGCCGUCGCGCUUCUGUCAGCGGUAGUAUUCGCUCUCGUCACUCGAACCGCUCCGGCAGGUCCAAUCUCUCGAGCUCCCAGGUGAUCACCUCUGACUUGGCUUCCGUGCGCGAGCACGAUCACAGCGGACAUGAUUACUCCUCGCAUCACAAGGACUCCGAGGGCCCGUCUACGCCCGAGAUUCCCGGGCGUCUGCUGUCCGACGUGAGCAAGUACUCGGGGGAGCUCGAGGCCUCGCUUCGCUCGCCUAGCCCGCCCUUGCCGCCUACGGACGUUGCGCUCUCUCAUGUCGAAAGCCUUCGAAGUCUUUCCCGAAACCAACAUACGAUCGACUCGCCCGCGCCUUCCCAUCACUCGGUACAUAGUCGGGAAUCGGCCGCUGCACCGAUUCAGCCCCAGUUGCAGCCCCAGGCUGCUCCCCCUCCUGCCCAGCCCAAAGCAGCCCUUAGCGACGAAGAGGAGCUGGACCGCUUGCUGGAAGCCGGAGAAAUCAAUAUUCAGUUGUACUUGAAACUCAAGCGUGGCCUGCGAUCCCUCUAAUCACCCACGACGUCACAUACAAUCGCCGUAGCAGCGCUCGCAGACCGAAACGGGACACACUGUACUUGAGUCCAAUGUCAGGCCUUUCCCCCCCCAUCCCCUGGAUCCUGAAUACACACAUGCCUAUCCACUUA